AUGACCACUAAUAAAUACUCGGUCAUUUUACCAACAUACAAUGAAAGAAGAAAUUUACCAAUUCUUAUAUACUUAUUAAAUAAAACAUUCACCGAAAAUAAAUUAAAUUGGGAAGUAGUUAUAGUUGAUGACAAUUCUCCUGAUGGAACUCAAGAAAUAGCUAAAAAAUUAAUUGACAUAUAUGGUGCAGAACAUAUUCAAUUGAGACCAAGAGCUGGAAAAUUAGGAUUAGGUACAGCUUAUGUACAUGGAUUACAAUUCGUUACAGGUAAUUUUGUUAUAAUUAUGGAUGCUGAUUUUAGUCAUCAUCCAGAAGCAAUACCCGAAUUUAUAGCUAAACAAAAGACUGAAGAUUAUGAUAUAGUCACAGGUACAAGAUACGCAGGUGAUGGAGGAGUAUAUGGUUGGGAUUUUAAAAGAAAAUUAAUUUCAAGAGGUGCUAAUUUCUUAGCUACAGUUGUAUUAAGACCAAAUGUAAGUGAUUUGACAGGAAGUUUUAGACUCUAUAAGACUCAAGUAUUGAAAAAAAUCAUUGAUGUAACUAAAUCUAAAGGUUACGUAUUUCAAAUGGAAAUGAUGGUUAGGGCUAGAAGUUUAGGAUUUACAGUUGGUGAAGUACCAAUUAGUUUUGUUGAUAGAUUAUAUGGUGAAAGUAAAUUAGGUGGUGAUGAAAUUGUACAAUAUGCUAAAGGUGUUUGGACUUUAUUUACUAGUGUUUAA